AUGUCUGAUAAUACGACCCAUUUUUCCUUCUCGAAGCAAGAAGAAGAAGUUAAAGCUUUCUGGGAUGAAAUCGAUGCAUUCCACAGAUCAUUAGAAUUAACCGAAGAUAAACCUGAAUUCUCCUUCUUCGAUGGUCCUCCAUUCGCUACAGGUACUCCUCAUUAUGGACAUAUCUUAGCAUCCACUAUUAAAGAUAUCGUUCCAAGAUAUGCCACCAUGACAGGUCAUCACGUUGAAAGAAGAUUCGGUUGGGAUACUCAUGGUGUCCCAAUUGAACAUAUCAUUGACAAGAAAUUAGGUAUCAAGGGUAAAGAUGAUGUUUACAAAUAUGGUAUUGAUAACUAUAAUAAUGAAUGUAGAAAGAUUGUCAUGACGUAUGCUGCCGAUUGGAGAAAAACUAUCGGUAGAUUGGGUCGUUGGAUUGAUUUUGAUAAUGAUUACAAGACUAUGUACCCAUCCUUUAUGGAAUCUACUUGGUGGGCUUUCAAGGAACUUUUCGAAAAGGAUCAAGUUUAUCGUGGUUACAGAGUGAUGCCAUAUUCUACUGGUUUAACCACUCCAUUGAGUAAUUUCGAAGCUCAACAAAAUUAUAAAGAUGUUAAUGAUCCAGCCGUCACUAUUGGUUUCGAUGUUAUAGGUCAAGAAAAGACUCAAUUGGUUGCAUGGACUACUACACCAUGGACUUUACCAUCAAAUAUGGCUUUGUGUGUGAACCCAGAAUUCGAAUAUGUUAAGAUUUAUGAUGAAAAGAAAGAUCGUUACUACAUCUUGUUAGAAGCCUUAAUCAAGUCUUUAUACAAGAAACCAAAGGAUGAAAAAUAUAAAAUUGUUGAAAAGAUAAAAGGUAGCGAAUUAGUCGGCUUAAAGUAUAAACCAUUAUUCCCAUACUUUGCCGAAGAAUAUAAGGAAACUGCCUUCAGAGUCAUUUCUGAUGGUUAUGUUACAGCCGAUUCAGGUACUGGUAUUGUCCAUAAUGCUCCAGCCUUUGGUGAAGAGGAUUUCAACGUUUGUUUAGCUGCUGGAAUUAUUCAACCAGGUUCAACUUUCCCAAAUCCAUUAGAUGAUUUAGGUAAAUUUACUAGUGAAGUCACUGAUUUCGCUGGUGUUUACGUUAAGGAUGCUGAUAAAUUGAUCAUUAAACAUUUAACCAACACUGGUAACUUGCUUUAUGCCACACAAAUUCGCCAUUCUUACCCAUUCUGUUGGAGAUCUGAUACCCCAUUGUUGUACCGUACUGUUCCAGCUUGGUUCGUUAAAGUUAAGGACAUUGUUCCACAAAUGUUGGAAUCUGUUCAAAAAUCUCACUGGGUUCCAAAUGUUAUCAAGGAAAAAAGAUUUGCUAACUGGAUUGCUAACGCUCGUGAUUGGAAUGUUUCGAGAAAUAGAUAUUGGGGUACUCCAAUCCCAUUAUGGGUUUCUGAUGAUUUCAAGGAAGUUGUUUGUGUUGGUUCCAUUGCUGAAUUAGAAGAAUUAACAGGUGUAACAGGUAUUACUGACAUACAUCGUGAUAUCAUUGAUAAAUUAACUAUCCCAUCUAAACAAGGUAAAGGUGAAUUAAGAAGAAUUGAAGAAGUUUUCGAUUGUUGGUUUGAAUCUGGUUCUAUGCCAUACGCUUCUCAACAUUAUCCAUUUGAAAACACUGAAAAAUUUAAUGAAAGAGUUCCAGCAAAUUUCAUAUCUGAAGGUUUAGAUCAAACAAGAGGUUGGUUUUAUACUUUAAGUGUCUUAGGUACCCAUUUGUUCGGUAAAGUUCCUUAUAAGAAUGUUAUCGUUUCUGGUAUUGUCCUUGCCGCUGAUGGUAGAAAGAUGUCAAAAUCUUUGAAGAACUAUCCAGAUCCAAAUAUUGUUUUGGAAAAAUACGGUGCUGAUGCCUUAAGAUUAUACUUGAUCAAUUCUCCAGUUUUGAAAGCUGAAAGUUUGAAGUUUAAAGAAGAUGGUGUUAAAGAAGUUGUCUCUAAAGUAUUAUUACCAUGGUGGAACUCUUUCAAGUUUUUAGAUGGUCAAAUUGCCUUAUUGAAAAAGACCUCCGAUAUUGAUUUCAAAUACGAUCCAAACAUGAAGAGUGAUAACGUUAUGGAUAGAUGGAUCCUAGCCUCAUUGCAAUCUUUAGUUCAAUUUAUUCAUCAAGAAAUGGGUCUAUAUAAAUUAUACACUGUUGUUCCAAAAUUAUUGAAUUUUAUUGAUGAAUUAACAAAUUGGUAUAUUAGAUUCAAUCGUCGUCGUUUAAAGGGUGAAAAUGGUGUUGAAGAUUGUUUAAAGGCAUUAAACAGUUUAUUCGAAGCUUUAUUCACUUUCGUUCGUGCUAUGGCACCAUUUACUCCAUUCUUAUCUGAUAGUAUUUAUAUGAAAUUGAAGGCAUUUAUUCCAGCAGAUGUGUUAUCUCAAUUCAGUAAAGAUGACAGAUCUGUUCAUUUCUUGUCUUAUCCAGAAGUCAGAGAAGAAUUAUUCGAUGAAGCUAUUGAAAAGGCUGUUGCUAGAAUGCAAUCUGUCAUCGAACUAGGUAGAAAUAUUCGUGAAAAGAAGACAAUUUCUUUGAAGACUCCAUUAAAGACUUUAGUUAUUUUGCAUAGCGAUGAAGAAUAUUUGAAGGAUGUUGAAUCUUUAAAGAGCUAUAUUGCUGAAGAACUUAAUGUCCGUGAUAUCAUCAUUACCACUGACGAAGCUAAAUACAAUGUCGAAUAUAAAGCUGUUGCUGACUGGCCAGUUCUAGGUAAGAAGUUGAAAAAAGAUGCUAAGAAGGUUAAGGACGCCUUACCAUCUGUAAAAUCUGCUGAUGUUCAAAAAUACUUAGAAACUGGUGAAUUACAAGUUGCUGAUAUUCUAUUAGUUAAAGGUGAUUUGAAUGUUAUCAGAGGUUUACCAGAAUCUGCCGUUCAAAGUGGUCAAGAAACCAGAACUGAUCAAGAAGUUUUAAUUAUCUUAGAUACCAAUAUUUAUCCAGAAUUGAAGACUGAAGGUCUUGCAAGAGAGCUAGUCAACAGAAUUCAAAAAUUAAGAAAAAAGUGUGGUCUAAAUGCUACUGAUGACGUCUUAGUUGAAUAUGAACUAGUUAAAGACACCAUUGAUUUUGAAGACGUUGUUAAGCAACAUCUAGAUAUGGUCAGUAAGACUUGUAGAUCUGAUAUUACUAAGAGUAGUGGAAAGGAAGGUGCUAUUGCUGAUGAAGAGCAAUCCAUCAAUGACACUAUCUUUAAGUUGAAGAUCUUUAAAUUAUAA